AACAUAUUUUCUGUCAUUUUAGGUUGAUGUUUGUGUAUUUCCUGUAUUUCCUGUAAUGAGUCUUCUGAAGACCCUGAGAUUCUGUAGCCACCAAAAUUUUCAGUCACCUGCCAAGUCAGCAAUCUACAUUGGAGGCAGAGGGGUGCAGAGAUUCUUCCAUCUAUCAUCGUGUUCAAGAGAAUGCUUCAAAGUUCAAGAUGAAGAGGAUUUUGAGAAGCGAGUCAUGAAAUCUAAAACUCCCAUCAUUUUGGAUUUCUUUGCCACGUGGUGUGGACCAUGCAAGGUCUUGACUCCUCGGUUGGAAAAAGUAGUACUUGCUCAAGGUGACAAAGUUCACUUGGCCAAAGUGGAUAUUGAUGAGAAUGGAGAGAUUGCAAUGGACUUUGGGGUCAGUGCAGUACCUUCAGUUAUGGCCAUCCGGGAUGGCAAAGUGAUGGACAAAUUCAUGGGCGUGAUUGAUGAGGACAAAAUUCAAAAGGAUGACAAGAAAGGCAUGAAGCAAAAGAAGGAAAAGGAGGAAUUGCCAAUUGUUGUGGUGGUGGUGUUGGGGGACUUAGGUCACAGUCCUCGUAUGCGCUAUCAUGUUACUUCUUUGCGAAAAGAAGGCUUUAGAGUGGUCUUUGUUGGAUAUAAGGGCUCCAACCUGGAUCCUAGCAUUUUACAGGAUGAAGGAGUCAAGAUAUCUUAUGUCAGAGAGUUCAAUUCAUUUGGCAAAGGGUUUUUUGGCUACUUAUUGAAGACCCUGUUGACUUGCAUUGCCUUGCUCUGGGCUCUUCCAUGGACCUUGGCUCCAAAAUGCAUCCUUGUGCAGAACCCUCCCAGCAUUCCUUCUCUCCCCAUCUUGUGGCUGUACUGUCUGAUUGCACAUUCUCGCCUGAUGAUUGAUUGGCACAACUAUGGCCACACACUCCUCAAACUCUCUCUCAGUGAUUCCCAUCCAUUUGUAAGGCUAUGCAGAUGGUGUGAGUGGACAUUUGGGGCCAAAGCUGCUGCCAACUUUUGUGUCACAGAAGCUAUGAGGAAAGACCUAGAAAAACAUGGAAUUAGUGCCUUGACAUUGCGUGAUCUUCCUAAUGAGCGGUUUAGGCCAGUAUCAGUGAAGGAGAGACAUGAGAUCCUCCUAGAACUUGUGAGAAGUGGCCAGUGUCCUGCAUUGAAGGGUGUGGAUGAGAAUUCAACUAUAGUAACUCGGUUCUGCUCUGCCACUGGGAUGUAUGUCCUUCAGGAGAAACGGCCUGGGAUAAUCUUUUCCAGCACCAGCUGGACUGCUGAUGAGGAUUUUUCCAUCCUUCUCACUGCACUUGAAGAGUAUGAAGAUGCUAAAUGCAGAGGGCUGGGAGAAUAUCCAGACUUGGUCUGCAUUAUCACUGGGAAGGGACCACUAAAACCUCACUAUGAGAAGCUCAUCAAUUCUCGCAUUUGGGCCCAUGUUUCCAUCUACACCCUCUGGGUGGAAUCACUCAUGUACCCCAAGAUUGUUGCGGCAGUAGAUCUUGGGGUGAGUCUCCACACAUCUACUAGUGGCCUGGACCUCCCAAUGAAGGUGGUUGAUAUGUUUGCCUGUGGAGUUCCUGUCCUAGCUGCUAAUUUCUUCUGCAUUGAAGAGCUGGUGAGACCAGGAGAGACAGGCUUUCUCUUCAAUGAUGCCAAGGAGCUGAGCAGUCUCCUUAAGAAUUGGUUCCAAGAAUAUCCUACUCACCUGGAGACAAUUCAGCUUAAUCAGAGGAUGAGUGAGCAUCUCAGGCGCUGGAACAAGCUCAAGUGGCAUGAUGCAUGGUGCAGGAGUGCUCGAGAUGCUUUCUUCUUCUCUUCUUGAACUUCCUGCCACACAUAUUUCUUCCACCUCUGUUGGUCUCAUCCGAAUAAGAAAUCUUACAUGGCUGGUGGAAAUGUUAUGUACACUUUGCUGAGAGUAUAAUGAGAGUUACUGUGUUGUCACAUUGAGUCUGCCUUCCCUGUUAUUGCAAGUAGUAAAAAGAAUAAAAGUGUUAUUUUAUCUUA